CUCCCUUUCCAAUGUGCAGUGCGAGUGCGAGCUGCAGGUAGGCGUCGCCUCCUUGCGCGCGCGGCCGGCGAGAAGGCGCAGGCGCGGUGUGUACGGCGUCCUCCCCUGGCCGAUUCCGCCCGUAGCCCCCUCCUCUGUGGUCUGGUGCGGCCUGGCGUCGUCGCGCUCACGGCCGGCGAGGAGGUUUGGAGGUGGAUCGACGCGGCCGGCGGCCUCGUUCCAUCUGCCUCCGGCUCUCGGUUCGAAUCGAAGGCACCUUCUGUUUCCAACAAAAAAAAUUGGGGUUCAGUUGAACCACGGUGAUCACUUUAAUCAAGGUUGUGGAAGAAGCAAGUCAAGCAACGAUGGAUCCCUCAGGGCUUAACCCGCAGGCCAGUCCUGCUGAGAACCAGGAGAGCUCGACCUCCGGCGUGCCAGUUGGGAGGGGCACCCCAAAUAUGGGUGCUGGGGCAGCCGCCAUGGCAGUCGGCAGCUGCUCGUCGUCGACAUUGUUCCCAGGAUCAUCCUUGUCGUCGACGGCGUUGCUACAUGCCAUGCACGAGGGUUCCUAUCCGCAGGCAGUCUCGGCGGGUUCCAUGAGCGGCGUUGUUGAGCAACAUGCUGCCCCUCCCGUACGGCCACCCUAUAACCUUCCUGCAGGAUGCACGCAGGUGCCGAUAGGUAUCCUGGUGUUCCACAGGAGGCUGACGGGAAGGGGCUCUAGGCGUCAGUUGCCACAGUCUCGUGGUUUUACGCCAGCGCCUGCCCUGUCAGGUGCUUCAAAGGGUAAUCUCUUGUCGCUCGGAAGUGCAUCAGAAGUUUUUGCAGGUGAUAUGGCAACGGAUCGUUCAGAACUAGCCACUCCAUAUGGGUACAAUUCAGAGUAUUCACCCACACAUUUUCAGUCAAAUGGUUUAUAUACGGAAGCUUCCAAGACUAAAAGUGAAACAGAAGCUAGCCAACUGCAACAAUCAGCAGCAGCACUUAUCUGUGACAGCCGCAGUAAGUUGAAAUCAGUUAUUCCUGCAAACACAGAGAAAAGUCAAUGUCAAAACCCUAAAGAAUCAACUGACUUGGCUGUAGAGGGUUCCACUGAUGAUAACAUCCACAACUACUAUCAGAUAACAAAAAGGGCCGAGACAAAAAUCAAUCACAGUGAUAACACAGACUUGUCAACACCGUCUGGAUCUGUAUGCAAGGAAAAAACACUAACUCAGAUAGAGAUACAGAUUGCAGGUGCUGAGAAAACUGAAGCAUUCAACAGCAAGGAUACCCCGGCACAAAAGCCAAAGACUCGGAGGAAAAAGCAUAGACCUAAGGUAAUCCGUGAGGACAGGCCAGCCAAAAUGCAAAAGACCACAGUUACAGCAUCAAAAGAAAAAUCUCUAAAUCAGAAACCGAAAAGAAAAUACGUACGGAAGAAAAGAAAUCUCAGUUCUUUGGAGAAAUCUGCAGAGCCUUUCAGUGACCAUUUAGUUUCUAGAGAAGGAACUGCUGUUAGAAGCAGCAUUUCGUCAGUUCGAAGAAGAUUGCAAUUCGAGUUCGGGGAGCACGGAGGACAGGGGAACCAAUCAUCAAUGGCCAACUCAUGGUACCAAAACCAGGAGAAACCUGUUAAUUCUCAGAGUUCUCUUUGCUCAGUGACUAAAUCAUCUAUGCAGAUUGAACAUGCGCAGCAAGUACACACAGUGAAUUCACCAGAAGGAUUGUUUUUUGGUAUCAACUCCAAAUUGAACAAAAUUUUAGAUGAGUACAUACAUUUGCCUGAGGCUGCACCAAAGCCUACACAGGAAGUCCCACUGGCUGCUUCUGAUCAUGUCAGCAAGGAAAUAGAGAGGAAACAAGAUGGUGUGCGACACACUCAUGAUCCUGAUUCUACAAGUUGUAAUAUAGAAAGGAGUGGUCUAAUCAUAACUGAAGGGAACACAAAGGACUUAGACCUAAACUAUUCUUACACAGAUGGUUUUCAAAUGUAUUGCUCGGCUAGCUCGUUACCGGUAGACUCCACAAAGGGUCAUAUGACUAUGAUGUCGAAAAUGGACAAGAACCAUACACGAUAUUAUGGAGGUGAGUCCUCCCUAUCUGGCACACAAAACUCCAUUAUCAUGAGAACAGCAGCUGACAUGCUAGCAGUCUACCAAGCUUGUCAGAUUAAAAAGAAGCGAUCUGCCCGAAUCCGCAGGAAUUCCUUUCUUUCUGUUAUGGAUCUUGAGAAGAACACUUCACAAGAAUCAACAAGAUUGCCACAGUCAUGCAUGGAGGCACUGUAUGAGAGUUCAUAUAUAAAAUUUAUGACCAAGAAACGCUCACAGAAGGCACGGCUAAACUCUCCCAAUUACAUCCAACCAAAUAGAGAUCAGAAAAACAGGUUUUCAUCUGGAACCAUUUUUUCUGGUGGACUCAGUGCAUCAAAAAGAUCAGAGGAAACUUUCCAGCAAACUUUGCCUCGGAUUCCAGAUGAUAAAAGGGUCAACCUUGAUAUUCAUUGUGAAUUAUCAGGAGAAAGCUCACCAAAUACAUCAGCGUUACCAUAUAUGGAUUAUCUUCAAGGAGUAGCAUCAAAGUUGAAAUAUCUUGAUUUGAAUACUGAGCAGGUUCAUAGAACUGAGAUGCAUUUGUCUCAAACCAUGCCCUCUCUUUCUUCUUUAGGAGCAACAAAUUGUCUGGCAAAUGCUCUAGUACCAUAUGUUGGUGGGGUGGUGGUUCCAUAUCAGACACAAUUUCAUUUAGUCAAGAAGCAAUGCCCUCGAGCUAAGGUUGACUUAGAUUUUGAAACAACAAGAGUUUGGAACCUUCUGAUGGGUAAAGCAGCUGACCCUGUAGAUGGAACUGACGUUGAUAAAGAGAUGUGGUGGAAACAAGAAAGAGAAGUUUUUGAAGGCCGUGCUAAUUCAUUUAUAGCACGCAUGCGCCUAGUUCAAGGUGACAGGCGCUUCUCUCCUUGGAAAGGAUCAGUAGUGGACUCUGUAGUAGGAGUGUUCCUCACUCAGAAUGUAGCUGAUCAUCUUUCCAGCUCUGCAUAUAUGGCCCUUGCUGCAAGUUUUCCUCCAGGGUCAGUCAAAAGCAAUUGUAAUGAUGGCAUUGCCAGUCAGGACAACGAAAUUGUUAACAUGAGUGCUGGAGACAAAAAUACAUUGGAAUUCUUUUAUAAUGGGUCAAGACCAGAUAUAGGAAUAAGCUUUGAGGAGCUCUCAAUGGCCUGUGAAAAGAUCCACAUGGAAUCAAAGGACAAUCCUAAUGUUAAUGAGUUAACUAAAGGCGAAAAUUAUUCUCUUCAUUGUAAAGAACCAACUGGAAGUUUUUGUAACCACGAGACAGGGAUAGAUCAUAAAGCAAAACUUUGUUUAGAUUUCUCCUCAGUAGAAUUUACAACAUCGAUGAAAAACCUACAAGGGACACAGUUCCAGAAGGAAAUAUCACUGUCCCAGAGUGUUGUAACUUCAGAGUCUAUUAUUCAACCAGGGUUACCUUUGAGUUCGGGGAUGGAUCAUGCACCUAGAAAUUUUAUUAGUAGCAUUAGUGAUGCAGCCUCUCAGCAGGUGGGAAGCAAUUUUGAUGAUGGAAAGUCAUUAGCAGGAAAUGAAGUCACAGGCAAUGAAACUAAGUACCAAGGAAUCAAAACAACAACAACAAAUAACUGUGCUGUAGAUGAACCUGGGAUUCCUUCUGAUUCCAAUAUGUAUCCAUUUCUCUCAGCUAUUGAUUGUCAACUAGAUGAGAGGAAUGAGACACAUGUUUCUUCUACCUCUCCUAAUAGUUCUAUUGGUUCUGCAUCAUCAAACUUCAAAAUUGGCACAAUAGAGGAGAACAGUUCUCUUUUCAUGCCAUUUGAUGCCCAUCUAGCACAGAGGAAUGGAAAUAUGAUUGUUGACAGAAAUCUUAGCUCACAACUAACAAGUACAGAGCUUCGAGUCAACUUAUUACACCAUGACAAAAGGAGUAAUUUUGAAGCAUCAGAGCUGCAUGACCAUGAAUCGCUGUAUGCCACUGGUGGAGCAAUACCGGAAACAGCAACCAAAGCAGAUGAUUCAACCUUAAAAUCUAAUUUUGCUUCUUUUAAUGGCUUACCAGACACAACAGCACAGACAUCAAAACCAAAGAAAUCAAGAGCCACAAGUAAAAAGAACAGUGAGAAUUUUGACUGGGAUAAAUUGCGAAGACAAGCUUGUAGUAAUUAUCAGAUGAAAGAACGAAUUUUUGACCGAAGGGAUUCUGUUGAUUGGGAAGCAGUAAGAUGUGCAGACGUACAAAGAAUUUCCCAUGCCAUUCGAGAACGAGGAAUGAAUAAUGUUUUAGCAGAGCGGAUCCAGAAAUUUCUGAAUCGUUUGGUCAGCGAUCAUGGGAGCAUUGAUCUUGAGUGGUUAAGAGAUGUUCCCCCGGACUCAGCAAAGGAUUACCUGCUUAGCAUACGUGGAUUGGGGCUCAAAAGUGUUGAGUGUGUCCGCCUUCUAACAUUGCAUCAUCUUGCAUUCCCAGUUGAUACUAAUGUGGGUCGUAUAUGUGUACGGUUGGGAUGGGUGCCAAUUCAACCCCUUCCUGAGUCUCUUCAGCUACACCUUCUGGAGUUAUACCCUGUCUUGGAGACCAUACAAAAGUACCUCUGGCCUCGUCUGUGUAAACUUGAUCAACAAACGCUAUAUGAGCUACAUUAUCAGAUGAUUACUUUUGGAAAGGUGUUUUGUACCAAAAGCAAGCCGAAUUGCAAUGCAUGUCCAAUGAGGAGCGAAUGCAAGCAUUUUGCAAGUGCCUUUGCAAGCGCAAGACUUGCACUUCCUUCUCCCCAAGACAAACGGUUAGUGAAGCUGAGCAAUCAAUUUGCUUUCCAGAAUGGCACAAUGACUACACCGAAUUCAACUCCUCUGCUUCACCUUGAGGGGAGUAUGCACGCAACGGAUGUUCAUGCUAAUAACAUGAAUCCAAUAAUUGAGGAGCCAGCAAGUCCAAAAGAGGAAACAGAAAUUUUAGAGAAUGAUAUUGAAGAUUUUGAUGAAAAUACUGAUGAAAUCCCAACAAUAAAACUUAACAUGGAAGCUUUUGCUCAAAACUUGGAAAAUUGCAUAAAAGAAAGCAAUAAAGACUUCCAAUCUGAUGAUAUUGCAAAAGCAUUGGUUGCUAUCAGCACUGAAGCAGCUUCAAUUCCUGUACCUAAACUAAAGAAUGUGCAUAGACUUCGGACAGAACACUAUGUUUACGAGAUUCCAGAUUCCCAUCCCCUCACGCAACAGCUAGGCCUUGACCAACGGGAGCCUGAUGAUCCAAGUCCUUACCUGUUGGCCAUGUGGACACCAGAUGAACUAAAGGAUACAAGUGAGGCACCAAAACCAUGCUGCUAUUCGAAAACGGAAGGUGGCUUAUGCAACAAUGAGAUGUGCCACAACUGUGUAUCUGAACGAGAAAACCAAUCUAGAUACAUCAGAGGCACCGUUCUGGUUCCUUGCCGAACAGCCAUGAGAGGUAGUUUUCCACUCAAUGGCACUUACUUUCAAGUUAAUGAGGUUUUUGCUGACCAUAGAUCUAGCCACAACCCCAUAAAUAUCCCAAGGGAGCAGAUAUGGAACUUGCAAAGACGUAUGGUUUACUUCGGGACUUCAGUGCCAACCAUAUUCAAAGGUCUAACAACAGAAGAAAUACAGCAGUGCUUCUGGAGAGGAUUUGUUUGUGUGAGAGGAUUUGACAUGGAGACGAGGGCACCAAGGCCUCUAUGCCCCCAUUUCCACCUUGCAGCAAGCAAAUUGCGAAGAUCCUCGAAAACAGCAGCAACUGAGCAAACACACUGAUUUCAGAAAGGGCAUAUCAGUUCUAUAAAUAAUGUUGAUGGUGAUUACAUCAGCUCUCGGUCUGUGCAUGGGUCAUACUAGUUCCUGCAGGAAGAUAGCAAUCCUUCUAGGAAAUAAACAGUGGAGUGGGAACAGUUGAUUUUAAGAUGUAGGAGCCAAUUGGGCACGAGAAAGCACCAAUAUUUCGUAUGCACCUCUGGUGCAGGUCAGAUGUGAAUCAUCAUCUAUCAGCUAACCUGAGUGUAAAAUAUCAUUCCGUUUCUUUUUUCUUUUUGAGUUGUAUCUGAUUCACCUUUCAUUUGUUUUACCCAUUCAGCUAGCUUGACAAGAGAUGUUGUCAAUGUAAUGUUAUCUUCUUCUUGUGUUAUACCAUUGGUUCUCAUAACAGGUUAGCUUU